AUGUUCCCCCAAGCCCUCGUCCCCGUUUACCUCGCCUUCUCGGCCCUCGCCUGCAACUCCUCCGGCUCAUUGCCCCUGGGGAAUGGCUGCAGUGGCACAUCCUUCCCAAGAAACUUAUACAGAGGCUCCAACCCAUGUUCAACCCUCCACUCCAACAUCCUCUCCUCUUGCCCGACCAAAGCCCCUCUGAUCAUGUCAUAA